GCACAUUUUCAAUGUUUUGAAAUCCCGGUGUGUGUCUGGUUAAUGCGCGUUCUGGAUUUUCGUAAUUUUUGGAUGCAUUACAGUGAAUUGAAGUUAUUUUCCAGUUCCCAACGAUGCCAAAAGAACAGUUUCGUGAGGCGGAUGUGAUUAAGAAAAUCUCCCACGUUUCCUUCGGUAUUGACAGUGCCGAACUGAUCCAACAGGAGGCCCACUUGCAUGUGGUAGCCAAAAAUCUCUAUAAUCAGGAUGCCAACCGAACGCCGGUUAGCUAUGGGGUGCUGGAUCGUCGAAUGGGCGUUAGUCAGAAAGAUGCCACCUGCGAUACCUGCAAGAAGGGUCUGAACGAUUGUGUCGGACACUUUGGGUACAUCAAUCUGGCACUGCCCGUGUAUCAUGUCGGUCAUUUCCGGGCCACGAUUACAAUUUUGCAAUCGAUAUGCAAAGUAUGCUCCAGGGUCAUGCUCAAAGAGGACGACAAGAAACAAUUUAGCGCCAGAUUAAUUAAUCCGAAUUUGUCGUAUUUGGCCAAGAAAUCUAUACAUAGCCAGGUUUUGAAAAAGGCCAAGAAAAACACCAAGUGUCCGUAUUGCGGUAGUUUAAACGGACCGGUUAAGAAGGGAGCAGGUUUGAUGAAAAUUGUUCACGAACCCUAUCGUGGAAAGAAGGCAACGGAUCCGUUGGUAACAAACGCAUUGGAAGAAAUGAUGACAGCAAUUGAGGGAAACCGAGAGUUGUCCCAAACGGUCGGCCCUUCAUCUUUGAUCAAAGAAUUAAAUCCAGUGGAGGUACUGGAUUUGUUUAAAAAUAUUCCCAAAAGCGAUAUUCCGCUGCUUGGAAUGACUUCUCCGGAGUCUAAUCCUGCUGAUUUGAUUAUUACUAGAGUGUUUGUUCCUCCGGUUUGUAUUCGACCAUCGGUUGUUUCCGAGGUAAAAGCUGGUACCACCGAGGAUGAUCUCACUAUGAAACAAAGUGAAAUACUUCUGAUUAGUGACGUUAUUUCUAAGCAUAUGAUGUCCGGUGGAAAGAUUGAACUCAUUCAAGAGGAUUGGGAUUAUUUGCAACUGCAUUGCGCUUUAUAUUUCAAUAGUGAGCUUUCGGGAAUUCCUCUUUCGUUAAUGCCGAAAAAGCCUACUCGCGGAAUUGUCCAACGCUUGAAAGGAAAACAGGGACGUUUCCGUGGAAAUCUGUCCGGUAAACGUGUGGAUUUCUCUGCCCGUACAGUUAUAUCUCCGGAUCCUAAUCUAAUGAUUCAUCAGGUAGGCGUGCCGGAUCGAGUGGCCAAGAUUUUGACCUUCCCCGAAAAAGUCAAUUCAGCAAAUAUUCAAAAAAUGCGCCAGCUGAUCAAAAACGGCACCGAUAAGCAUCCGGGUGCCAACUAUGUGCAGCAAAAAGGCAGUGCUUUCAAAAAAUAUCUUGCCUACGGUAACCGAGAUAAGGUGGCCCAGGAUCUGAAGUGUGGAGACAUCGUCGAACGGCAUCUAAUGGACGGAGACGUGGUGUUGUUCAAUCGGCAGCCAAGUUUGCAUAAGCUCAGUAUCAUGUGUCACGUGGCCAAGGUUCAACCGCAGCGAACAUUCCGAUUCAAUGAGUGCGCCUGUACACCCUACAACGCAGAUUUCGAUGGAGAUGAAAUGAACUUGCACCUUCCUCAAACGGAAGAAGCGAGAGCUGAGGCGCUUGUUCUUAUGGGGAACAAAUCAAAUCUGGUCACCCCGAGAAACGGCGAGCUUCUGAUCGCUGCUACUCAAGAUUUUAUAACCGGUGGAUAUUUGCUGACUCAAAAGGAUCAAUUUCUAACUCGCGAACAAGUUAUGCAAUUGGCAGCUUGUAUGCUGUCUGGUCCGGAUGCGAAUCUAGAAAUCGACCUUCCAAAACCAGCCAUUGUUAAACCACGAAAGAUGUGGACUGGUAAACAAAUCUUCAGUCUCAUUCUCAAACCGAAUCGGCGUUGUGUUGUCAACGCAAAUCUCUCGACCAAAGGGCGGAACUACACUAGUGGUAAGGACAUGUGCGUGAAGGAUUCUUGGGUUGUGAUUCGUAAUUCCGAACUGAUGUGUGGUUCCAUGGAUAAGGGAACGAUGGGUUCCGGAACGAAAAAUUGUAUAUUCUAUGUGAUUUUGCGAGAUUUCGGCGAAGAUUACUCCAUUCGAUCCAUGUGGAGGUUGGCCCGAAUGGCAUCAUAUUUCAUGAUGAACCAUGGGUUUUCAUUCGGAAUCGGUGAUGUCACACCGAGUCGAAAGUUGUUGGAAGAAAAGCAACAGCUCCUGGAGAACGGGUACCGAAAGUGCGACGAAUACAUCGCCGAAAUGAAGAAAGGCACGCUGCAAUGUCAGCCGGGUUGUACCGCCGAACAGACGCUGGAAGCAGUGAUGCUGAAGGAACUGUCCAGCAUUCGAGAGUUGGCUGCCAAGGCUUGCUUCCGAGAGCUGCACCCAACCAAUAGUGCCCUGAUAAUGGCUCAGUCUGGUUCAAAAGGGUCCAACAUCAACAUCUCGCAGAUGAUCGCUUGCGUCGGUCAGCAGGCCAUCAAUGGUAAACGAGUGCCGAACGGGUUCGAGGAUCGUGCGUUACCACACUUUGAGAAAUUCUCCAAAAUCCCGGCGGCCCGUGGUUUCGUGCAGAACAGUUUCUACUCGGGCCUUACGCCGACCGAGUUCUUCUUCCACACCAUGGCCGGCCGUGAAGGUCUGGUAGACACGGCGGUAAAGACGGCCGAAACCGGAUACCUGCAGCGGCGUCUGGUGAAAUGUCUCGAAGAUUUGGUGGUGCAGUACGAUGGCACCGUGCGGAAUGCCAUCGGGGAGGUGGUCGAGUUUACCUACGGAGGCGACGGUUUGGAUCCGGUCUACAUGGAGGUAAAGAACAAACCGGUGGACAUCGAGAGGCAGUUCAUGCAUGUGCGCAGUAUGUUCCCGAAUCGGGAAGAAACUCCUCUGAAGGGUGAGGAGAUUUUGGCCGCUGGCGAAGAGAUCCUCCAGAGGCCAGAGUUUGAGGGAAGCAGAGCUGAUUUUAAGAAGGAAUGCUUGGAAUUUUUGGGAAAGUUCGGUAGCAAAUUAGUAGCUAUUCAGAAAAAAUACGUCAAUUGUUCAGAAGUUGCACUUGAAGUUGAACGCACCACUAAGGGUCAGUUGGUGAAAUUUCUUAAGCAGGUACGCAACAAAUAUAACAAAGCUAUUACCGAACCGGGUACGGCGGUUGGCGCGCUUGCUGCACAAAGUAUUGGAGAACCUGGUACGCAGAUGACGCUGAAGACUUUCCAUUUUGCCGGUGUCGCAUCUAUGAACAUCACCCAGGGUGUACCGCGUAUUGUUGAAAUCAUCAACGCCACCAAGGCUAUUUCAACUCCAAUCAUCACGGCAGAGAUCGAAAAUAAUACCAGUAUGGAAUUUGCCCGGAAGGUUAAGGCCCGAAUAGAGAAAACUACACUGGGAGAGAUCUCCUCUUACAUUGAGGAAGUCUACAAGAUGGACGACUGUUUUCUGCUCAUUAAGCUGGAUCUUGAUCGAAUUCGUGUUCUAGGCUUGGAAGUGAACGCUGAAACUAUUCGUUAUUCCAUCUGCACAUCGAAAUUGAAAUUAAAACAGGAAAACGUCGAGGUCUACACGUCCUCUCUAAUCAUCAUUCGACCGGAUCCUACGAAGCACAGUCACGCACUGAACGCAGAGUUGCAGCGUCUCCUAUCGGCAAUUCCGAAUGUUGUGGUAGCCGGUCUACCGCAAGUUUCUCGAGCCGUUAUUGCAGUAGAUGAUUCCCGAGGUCCCCCUACCUACAAGCUUUGCGUCGAAGGUCACGGACUGAGGGAUGUUAUGGCCACGUAUGGUGUUGUAGGAGCCAGGACAAAGAGCAACAAUAUACUCGAAGUCUACGGCACAUUGGGGAUCGAGGCGGCCCGCACUACGAUCAUGAACGAAAUUACAGACGUCAUGGAGGGUCACGGUAUGAGUGUGGAUCAUCGACAUAUUAUGCUGCUAGCCAGCCAGAUGACAUCGCGAGGCGAAGUCCUUGGAAUAACUCGUCAUGGUUUAGCGAAAAUGCGAGAAUCUGUUUUCAACUUGGCUUCGUUCGAGAAGACGGCGGACCAUCUUUUCGAUGCAGCUUACUAUGGCCAGACGGACUCGAUCGAUGGUGUUUCCGAACGAAUCAUUCUAGGAAUGCCUGCUGCUAUUGGAACCGGCCUUUUCAAACUGAUUCACAAUCACAAGGAUACGACUCUUGAUCCGGUGACGGAACCUAUUUUCGGCACCACGUGACGGCUAAGAAAACGCGCCAAAUAAAGCGUGAAAACGUAUUUUUAUUGUGUUGAUAGUUAUUCCCUUUACGCUGCGAAAUGAGAGCAUAAGUUUUGAUAGUUGAUAGUUCUAAGAACUUCAAAAAUAUAGCCCUGAACCCAAAACUUGAAAGA